UUUUCAUUUUUCUCUCUUUUUUUUUUUUUUUUUGUGACUACUGCCGACUGUCAUGGAGACCCCGCGAUCGAGACCCGGACACAACUCAUUUUGCCACACCUGCAGGAAAACGGAGAAGAGCAGAAGAAAGAUCAAGAAGAUGUCUUCAUCCGGCCGUUCGUUGCUCUUCGCACUGGCUCUCGCCCUCUACGCGGUGGAGAUGACCUCGGCGGAGACUCUGUGCGGGGGGGAGCUGGUGGACGCGCUGCAGUUCGUCUGCGAAGACAGAGGCUUCUAUUUCAGUCGGCCCACCAGCAGGGGGAACGCCAGGCGCGCCCAGAACCGUGGGAUAGUGGAGGAGUGUUGUUUCCGUAGCUGCGACCUCAACCUUCUGGAGCAGUACUGCGCCAAACCCACCAAGUCCGAAAGGGACGUGUCUGCGACUCUACAGGUCGUACCGGCGAUGCCUCCAUUAAAACAGGAAGCCCCGAGGAAGCAGCAUGUGCCCGUGAAGUGUUCCAAAUACGAGCUGUGGCAGAGGAAGGCGGCCCUGCGGCUCCGGAGGGGUGUCCCCGCCGUCCUGAGAUCCAAAAAGUUCCGAAGGCAGGCGGAGAAGAUGAAAGCCCAGGAGGAAGCGAGCUUCCGCAGGCCCCUGAUCAGCCUGCCCAGCAAACUACCGCCCGUCUUGCUCAGCACGAACAACUAUGUCAAGCACAAAUGAGCCCGUUGCCAGCCCUUUGCACAGACGAGGGUUUGGAAGGACAAAAAAGCCUAGGGAUUAUAGCUUUGUCUCUGACGUCAUUUCUGUGGCAGUCCUCUUUGACCUCCCCUGCCCUGUCCGAGCCCACCGAUUCCACCCUCCCCCCCCCCCCCCCCCCCCCCCCCCCCGCCCAUUCUCAUCCGCUACUUCUUGACCCCCUGCCCCCUUUCUAAUACCCCUCCAACCCUACCACCAUCCUCCGGAACACAAACAUGCCUUCACAUUCUUCCUGUCUGAACUGUUUUCGCGAGCUAUUUCAGUCACUGACACAAAAGGCACAAACACGAAUGACGAACAAAAAGUUAACAAUUUGACUGAAUGCCAGUCAGGUGGACCCGUGAGCAAAAGAGUAAAUGGAAGGGAGCAAGAAGAUGAAAGCGAUCUGUGGUUUGCAAGUGUCAAGAGGACACCUAACGGAAUGUUUUGGGGUUUUUUUUUUGUUCCUUGUGGAAAACAACUCAAAGCGAGGAGAAGCUUGCAGGAGAGAAUCCAGUCCACAUACUUUUUUUUUUUUUUUUUUUUUUUUUCCUGAGGCAACCCCCCCCCCCCCCCCCAAAAAAAAAAAUCUGUAAAAUCUUUUAAUUUUAUUUUUUAAUUUUUUUUUAGUUUGCACCUCUACCUAUAAAGGGACUUCCACACUGUAAGGAAUUAUUUUGUAAAAUUAGAUUCCUGUUCCAGCACCUUUUGAUCACAAACAAAAAGCAGAAAAGAGUCUGCAAAAUUGCACAUUGCCACGGAUUACGUCAAAGUAAAGAAAAAUAUAUGGCACUAUUUUUUUAUGAACAAUGAACGUGUAGCUUAAAAAAUGCUAUGGUGCUAGCUUUGGGAAAGGACUCAAAGAAGAGGUUGAAAAGCACGUUUGUUUUUUCUUUGAAAAUAUUAUAACUUUCCGUUUUAAGGAAAGAGUGACUUUUUAAAAAAAAAAAAAAAAAGAAAAAAAAAAAAAAAGGGAUUACGGAUAUGGGGGCGCUCCUGGCAGCGGUAAUGUCAAGGGGGAAGUGUCACUGAGAAACUAUGGGGGUGACGUUGGCAUCAAGGCUCACAGGAAGUGCUCGUGGCUGCUCAUCACUAGUUUGCCGGCAUACGUGGCAAGGGGGACAAGAGACCCUGGCCCUGGCCCUCCUGUCUCCCGGAGGCAGACGGACACAGGGAACAUAAAAUGGGACACCGUGGACUGCCUGGAUUGGGACGGUACAACGGUUCUGGGACAGUACUUCCUGUUUACUGUGGCUUUGCGGACUGCUCUGACAGGAAGUAUCAUGGCAUGGACAAGUGGGAUAAUUGAUGAUUUGAUUUUAGUUUGAUCUUACUGUUUCUUGUUUUCUUUUCUUAAUAUUCCAAUGAAAAAAGGAAACCGCCCCACCUGUUUCUGGUACCAUGACAUUCCUGUUUUUCCAAGUUAGGCAUUUUUCAUGGUUAUGUCAUGAUGUUAUUAAACCGUUCUUAAAAAAAAAAAAAAAAAAAACAAACAAAAAAAAAGGCACAGACAUUUUGAUUAAAAGGGAAAAAAAACAGCAAUAAUGUCAACUAACAUUUAUUUUUUAUUGUAUAUCAGUAGUAGUCACAUGCGUUUUCCUGAAAACAAAUACUUGACUAUAGCUAUCUAUACAUAUAUAUGUAUAUAUAUAUAUAUAUAUUUAGAUAUAUAAUUAGUUUCCAGGGACGUUGUGUUAUUUCCUAUAGUCUGAGCUGUAUCUUGCGUAAUGAGCCGUCAAGCUUUUUUGUUUGUUUGUUGAAAUACAAAUAAGGGCACUGUAUAAAGGCAUUAUUUAUUUUGUUAUAAAAUAUAUUUGAAAAUUGGUCCAAAUAAUAUGCGCAGCACUGAUGCUCAACUGACGGAUUUAUUUUGUAUGAUCUCUGUUUUCCAAUUGGAGCUGUAAGGCUUUUUUUUUUUUUUCUAGAUGCUUUGUACCAAAAAUAAUGUCUUUUAUCCCCCUUUUCAUUUGCCAUAGUUACUAUAAAUUAAUAUUUUAACAGCAUCAUGUAGUCUGAAUUUUGUAGGCAUGUUAUGUCACUGAAAUAGUCACAUACUCUUCAUAAUAAUAAUGAUCUGCAUGGGUUUCCAGAAGCUUGUCAAGGUUACAAGAGAAACGCGAAGUACGAGUGAGCAACUCCAUUCACCGAAACUGUUCAACAUCAGUUGUAUUCAACCCACUAUGUUUUGAAGCCACUUUAGUAUUGAUGGCGGGGAAGUGCUGAGUCCUUAAUUAAAUAAUGUCUUCAUAAUUGUGCUCGGUCUCCUAUGAUGUUCUAAGGAGCAGCUUGCCUAUGCGCCACUGCUGCGGAUAUUGCCAUUUGCAAGUGUGUCGAUCAGAACAAAUGUCACUACAGGGUCUUAACUCGCACAUUGCGCCUUCAUCGAUGGCCGUCGACUCUCUCGCUAGAUGGAUCGAUGGCUCGAUGGCUCGUCAAGAUCAGCUGACAAGGGCCUCGAUCUGGUGAAGCAUCACCUUCCGCUCGUCCGAGCAUUUAAUGAAGGGCUGAUGCAGUCAUAGGAUCGGGGUAAAGAAAGAAGUGCUCUGCAGGGAAGAGUCCUAUUUCCCGAGUAUGAGAGAUAAUCGCGUGUGCGUGCGUGCGCGCGUGUGUUUGGGGGGGGGGCUGAAGAGUUGUUAUUUAGAACCUUCCAUCGUCAUGUGGCAAGCCACCGAAGCCUACGACUGACACCCCACCCGCCACUUGUGUCGGGUUAGACAUCACCCGAACGGAGACCUAAGCAAUACGAGCCAUACUGACGCGAAGACUCAGGAACAAUACUUCUGUCAGAUAUCUUCCAUGUAGUUCUCUGAUUAUAUUCUACUUCCAUUGUGCAAGGAAACGCAGUGCAAUUCUCCUGACGAUUAUUCUUAUGUCGGGUCUGCAUUCAUUCGCUAUUGCAAUGUUCAAAUCGGCUCCUCUCGUGUUGUUGGAAUGAAAGACAACCGCUUGUUUUCGCUGAAUGCGAAGAGAUAUCACGCCGAGCAAUGGCAACUUCGUGUGUGUCACUCGCUCACUCGGCCUGUGUGUAUUUGAUGGAUUUCACCUCCGCACGCUAGAACGUCCGAAAUGCACAAUUCAUGUACUUUGAUUUUAAUAUCAAUAAAAAA